AUGUAUAUAGUACAAUCUUUGCAUUAUCAAAGAUUAUCUCAUAAUAGACAUGUUCAUCUACAUUUGUCAAUACUAUUCUUAACUGGUUCUAGAUUUCAUCUUUUAUUUAAAGAUUCAAAUUUUGAACUUGAUUUUCCUGAUUUUACUCAUGCUUAUAUAUUAAUGCCACAAUAUACGAAGUUUCGUCCUCAUUGGUUGACCAAAACAGACUCUGAAGGCCGUAAUAUGAAUAAAUGGUUAAAACAAGGCGAGAACAUAUCAACGUUUAAAUGUACUUUAUGUAACACAUCUGAUCUUGAUUGUAGCAAUCAAGGCUGGGCUGCCAUUGUACAACAUAUAAAAACAGAAGCUCAUUGA